AUUGUGAUGUUUUAUGAGCUGUUUAUCUGAAACUGUGAAGAAAAUGUUGGACGUGACUUUCUGUUUGUGCUUUUGGAGUCUGUUUGGUGUGUUUGGUGUUGAGACAGAUGUUUCAGUGUCAGUGAUGGAGGGAGAUUCUGUCACUCUAAAGAAUGAUGAUACUCAAAUACUGAGAGAUGAUCUGAUCAUGUGGACGUUUGGAUCUAAACAAAUCCUCAUUGCUGAAAUCAACAGAGAUGAUAAUAAGAUCAAGUUAUUUGAGGAUGUUUCUGAUGAUGGGAGAUUCAGAGGCAGAAUACAGCUGGAUCAUCAGACUGGAUCUCUCAUCAUCACAAACAUCAGAACUACAGACUCUGGACAAUAUAAAUUAUUCACCAUCAGCAAACGGACCCCACUGAAAAUAUUCACUCUUACUGUCUAUGCUCGUCUGCCGGUUCCUGUGAUCAUCAGAGACUCUUCUCUAUAUUCUUCAAGCUCUAAAUGUGUGUUGGUGUGUUCAGUGGUGAAUGUGACACAGGUGACUCUCUCCUGGUACAAAGGAAACAGUUUAUUGUCCUCCAUCAGUGUGUCUGAUCUCAACAGAAGUCUUUCUCUGGAGGUGGAAUAUCAGGAGAACAACACCUACAGCUGUGUGAUCAACAAUCCCAUCAGAAAUCAGACUAAACAUCUCAACAUUACUGAAGUCUGUCAGACGUGUUCAGUAGGCUUCGCCUGUGGUUGUGGUUUCACUGAAGCUGUGAUCCGAUUGAUCGUCUCUGGUCUGGUGGGCGUGGCUGCUGUUGCUGUGCUGGUUUAUGAGGUCAGAUCUAAAAGUGUUGGACAGAAGACGAGAGAGCAGACAUCAACACUCAAGUAAAUAACUGAUGAAUAAGAUAUUCAAUCAUCAGGACGCUAGAGGGAGACAUUCUUUAACAUCUGGAUCCAUUCAGAGCAUGUCAGCAAUUUCCUCUUCCCUCUCCAAACAUCCUCCAAACAUCCUCCAGACAUCCUCCAGACAUCCUCCAAACAUCCUCCAGACACCCUCCAGACACCCUCCAAACAUCCUCCAGACAUCCUCCAGACAUCCUCCAGACAUCCUCCAGACACCCUCCAAACAUCCUCCAGACAUC